AUGUACCCUCCUCUCGGCGCACUCCUUAUGCCAGCAGUUAGUCCGCAAGGAACUUUCAAAGGCCACGGUCUGCCGUCUGCAACUCGGACCGAAGGGGUCGCGAAGUCGGCGGUCAGAGGCGGCCUGCUUUCCCGGCGGGAGAAACGAGCCGAAGGCAGCCGCGAAGUUCGCGAGCGCCGAAGGGCGUCCUUCCCUUUCGCGCUGAGCGAGCCUGACGGGGAGCGAGAGAAGCGGGAGACGCUCCAUUCGUUCAGUCCUUACGAAACACACCUGCGCCCAGAUGGGAAGCAGCGCCCUCGCGGAGGGGGCUCGAGCUGCAGGAUAGGGCGCGUUACCUGUUCCUCCCUCCCCCUCUUUCCCCGCGCGGGCCCCGCCCUUUCGAAGGUGGACUCCGGGUCUGGGCCGGCCGCUCUGUGCGGCGGCGGCGGCGAAUGUGAGGUCGAGCGCGCCUGCCUGCCUGCCUGGUCUCUCGCUCCGUCUUCUCUUUUCCUUGCCGUGUCGUCGUCGGCGGUGCGGGCGCUGGGAGCCCGCCGGAGGCGUCUCUGCCUUUGCCGGGCUCGCCCCGCGGGAGAGGGGAAGAAAAGCGUUUGGACGUGGAUUUAUAGAAGGGGCGAAGAAACUGCGGGCGCCGCCGGGGAAUUGGGCGUCCUCCCUCCCGGCUUCCCGUUUUCCUUUCUUUUUUUCCUUCGUACCGUUCCUGGUGGCCGCCGGCGACGAGGCGAGUCGGGAGCAGCCGGGCGCAGCAGCGGCGGCAGGACUGAGCGACGGCCGUGCCCGUCGUCGUCGUACUCCUUUGGCGGGCGACGGGGGGGCUCCCGGGGGCGCCGUGCAUCUCGCCCGCCUUCUUCCAGCUCGGGAUUGCGGUUCCAUGCCGGCGGCCGUGCGCUCGACGACUUGAGCCAGGAGGGCGAGCUCGGCGGCUGCCCGGGAUUUGCCUCUCGUGGUGGCUCCUUCGUGGCGGGGGAUUCCCCGACAGUGGUAGCGCGCGGGGGGGGAUCCCCGCUCGGGAGGUGCUGCUGGGGGAUCUGGGUGCUUUUGUGCCGGACGGCGCUGGCCAGUUCGCUGGUGCUGGAGCCCAUCUACUGGAACUCUUCCAACUCCAAGUUCCAUCCUGGACAAGGACUAGUACUGUAUCCAAAGAUUGGAGAUAAACUGGAUAUUAUAUGCCCAAAGGUGGACUCUAAAACUGGUGGUCAGUAUGAGUACUAUAAAGUCUAUAUGGUUGAGAAAGACCAAGCAGAAAGCUGUACUGUUAAAAAGGACAACACUCCUCUGCUCAACUGUGCCAAGCCUGAUCAAGAUGUUAAGUUUACCAUCAAGUUUCAAGAGUUCAGCCCUAACCUCUGGGGUCUAGAAUUUCAGAGAAACAAAGAUUAUUACAUCAUAUCAACAUCCAAUGGAUCGCUGGAAGGCUUGGAUAACCAGGAGGGAGGUGUAUGCCAGACAAAAGCCAUGAAGAUCCUCAUGAAAGUUGAACAAGUUCCCAAUUCUGGUGGGUCCCCAAAUAAUGCUGAUCCAACUAAACGCCCGGAACAGGAAGCUGGUACCAACGGGAAAAGCUCCACAACAAGUCCCUUUGUAAAGGAUCAUGCAGGUCCCAACUCAGAUGGGAGCAAAGCUGGACAUUCCAGUAUCCUUGGUUCAGAGGUGGCCUUAUUUGCAGGGAUAGCUUCAGGGUCCAUCAUAUUCCUCCUCAUCAUCAUCACACUGGUGGUUCUUUUGUUGAAGUAUCGAAGGAGACACAGGAAGCAUUCGCCUCAGCACACAACAACUCUGUCACUUAGUACAUUAGCAACCCCAAAACGCAGUGGGAACAACAAUGGGUCUGAACCCAGUGACAUUAUCAUCCCUCUGAGGACUGCAGAUAGUGUCUUUUGCCCUCACUAUGAGAAAGUCAGUGGUGACUAUGGACAUCCUGUGUACAUAGUUCAAGAGAUGCCCCCUCAGAGCCCAGCAAACAUUUAUUACAAGGUCUGAUGAACACUCAGUGUGGUACCUUUUUUGAAACUCUCUCUCUGUCUGGUCAAAUGCUAUCCAUGACACAGAGGUUGGGGAUUGUGAUGAGCCACUCUGCUGGUUCCUGGACCAGAUGCAGAGGAGGGAGCAGCAAGCCCCACCCUAUUACAGAGAGCUGCUUUGAGAGGGCAGCUUUCAAGUCUAUAGAAUUCCUGUCUUGGUGAACAAGCAUUUACUUGGAAGCUGGAAGAAGUAACAUAGAAGAUUCCCAUAGCAAUUGCUGUUUGUUCAUCACCUUCUAAGCCAUGUGCUGUAGGCAUUCGGGCACGUACAAAACCCCCAGGGAAGAUGGAGCAACUCACAGAUACUAAUGGUUUUAGGCAUUCUGGGAAGAGAGUCUUAAGUCAUCAAGCUUGAAAUGCAGCCCUGUGACUUUGUGUGUGCUUCUCUUGGUGCUUAUGGAUUUGUCUUACAGACCUCUGCUUUUAAGUAAGAUUUUAAACUUUUUUGUUUGUUUUUAGUCAGUCCCUGUGGCAUUUUACUUCAACUGAAUAGCAUUCUGUCAUCCUUCAUAUGAAAAUUCAUGCACUCCAUAUCUUGCAUUGCUUUUGGAAAAGUGAUUUUUUAUUAUUUUUUACCAUUCCAUACUCCACCUGUUUGUAAAAGCAGCCUUACUUGAAUGGAUAAUGCUUUGGGAGAGACUGGGCUUGCUGAAAGGAGAAUCUUCCAGCCAAAAGCUAGCUUGUCAGCAGAAUCAACAAUAUAAGUGACAUGUGGCAAAAGAGAGAGGGAAGGGCUGAAAGAAUGCUACUGUCUCUGGAAUAUCAACUAGACAAAGCUAGACAAUUUAAGUAGCACAGCACUUUGAUAUCCGGAGUUCAAUGAAGAGUGUUAACACACAGCAAUAGGAGCAGCUGAUUAGGGUCUGCACUUGAAGGAUGCCAAGGUUUUCCCAAAUAGUAACUUGCAGGAGAAAAUAGUUCUCCCACAAAGUAGGCUAAAAGAGUGCAAGUAAAUUAAUGUGCCUGGAAGACAAGACAAUAGAAGGCUGCUGGUGAUAUAUUAGGGCGCAACUGCUGUGGUACUUUACCAGCAAUAAGAUGUACAGCUUUGAACUAGCUGUAGCAAAAUCUUGGUCUGCUUCAAAUGACUUCUUCUUUUUAAAAAAAAAAAAAGCCGACGCAGCUGCUAUUACUUAUCACAUUUUAUCGAAUCAUAGGGAAAAAGAAAAAAAGAAAACAGCAACAUCUGACAUAGAAAAAUCACAAGCUUAAUGGUCAAGAGGGCUAUAAUUCCAUCACUUAAAACAAGCAUUCACAUCUCUGUCAAAAUUGGUCAGGAUUGUAUUUUUCCUUCAAUCAAGCCUUUUGACAUUCUGACUUCUGGCAAUGCAUUUUGAGCUAGUCCUGUACUGCCAUUGGUGGGAUUUUUCUCUUUCUGAAAUAAAGCACAUAUGGUAAACCGCUUGUGGUCUGUAAAGAUGCAACACGUUCAGCUACAAGAAGGGGAGGUAUAGUGUGACUUAUUUAUAAUAGGUGUAUAGAACCCGGGGGAUAUACGGUAGCAAAUUUUGUUCAGAUUACUAAUAUAUCUAUGUAUUGAGAUUGCACAGAAUCCGUACAGAAGAUGUGAAAUUCCUCUGUGACCAUGAAAUCAAUUUGGCUACUUCUGGGAGAAAAUAGAUCUUUAACUCCAAAAAGAAUAGUAUUGAGAGGAAAUGUAAAAAGAACCUAGCCCUCUUAGCUGUCUUACAUAACCAGUAGACUAGGUAACAAAGCCCCUGAAUCAUGAGAUAAGUGUGUAACUACACAAUGUAUUUUAACAAGAUAUUCUGAUAUGGCUUUUCUGUUCUGUGCUGUGUUUUCCCGCCUUGCCUUACGAGAUGGAGUAUUUUGAGCUGGAUACCAAUAGGAAAGUUUAACUAUAAAGUUCCUGCUUUGAAGCAUAGUUGUUGUUCUCCCUCCAACCUCUGCACCCUGGGGGACAUAAAUCUACUUUUUUAUGUGCUAUGCAAAAUAGAUGUCUUAUCACAUAGUCCUGUUACCAUAGCAACACUUCACUUUCUGGACUGGAGAGAACUUGUAGCUACAGCAUUUUAAGGUUCCCAACUUCCACAGAGCACGUGCAAAAAAAAAAAAAAAAAA